CUUCACACUACACAGUAUUUUUCCUCUAUUAAACCGGUUGCAUAAUUUAACCUGAGACUUCAGACAGAUUAAGAACCAUGCCAAAGGUUUAUCCCAACGAAACAGCAACAGAGCAAACAAAAACCCCCCGACAUAUUUCAGACAGGCAAGUGGAGGUAUUAACGAUAUGGAAAAAAUCACUUCUCUUCAACAGUGACGGUUUUACAGUUUUUGAUACAAAAGGAAAUCUUGUUUUUCGUGUGGAUAAUUAUCAAUCGGGAAGUAAAAAUGAAAUUGUUUUAAUGAGCGGCACGGGAAAACCUCUUCUUACUAUCCGUCGUAAGAGAUCGAGUUUUGCAGAUAAUUGGAUGGUGUUCGACGGGGAAACUUCAGUUAGUCCAAUAUUUCUGGUGAAAAAGCCCGUGAAUUUCUUGGCUUCAAAGGACCUAGCUCAGGUGAUAUCUUGUCAGAGUAUCAACGGUUUAAAAAGUUUGUCAAGUAAGGAACUGAUGUAUGAGAUUAUCGGGUCGUAUGCACAACGGUCCGUGGCUGUGUAUGACAACAGAAAAAGACUUGUAGCGGAAAUUCAAAGAAAAGAAGCUAAAGCAGGUGUAUCAUUCGGUGGUGAUGUGUUUAAGCUGACAGUACAACCUGAACUUGAUCAGAUAGUUGCGAUGGGUCUUGUUAUAUUAAUGGAACAAAUGUUUGGAUUGAGAAGAUCAAUCAGUUUACGGUAAUCAUUGAGGCGUUGGAUGAUGAAUGGUUUGAUGAGCUAGCAGAAGCCUGGAACGGUCGUGAAACCCCAAAAAGAGUCAAGUUAUCCUGUUGUCGGCUGACGAAAUGUAUACCGAGAUAUUUACGGAAGACAUUACAGCAUUGUGUCGUGUCCAAGCCCCAAUAGAAACUAAACACGCUACAUGCAAGCUCAGCUACAAUUCCCAACUUGAAAAGGCUUAAAAUGCGACAACGAUCGCUUAUGGACAUGGAUAUAGGGUAAUAACCAUGCCAAGGCAUAACCGACAGCACAAACUAAACUAAAUCUCUGAGUCAUCGAACAUCAAAUAAUUUGAUAUGUAUUCAUUAAAAAUAUAAUAUGUAUAUAUCAUCGUCGUCUUGGCACUAAAAGCCAGAUAGUGCCAACAACCAAUGUAAGU